CCACAAGCCUCCCUUGCAUUUUCCGCUAGAGUGCUAGAUGAUCCUUAGCUGAUCACACGAACACACUCGCCGUUCUUACUCUGCUCAGCUAAAAAUCCCUUCACAACCCGGCAACACCAGCAAUGGCCACCCUCUCAGUCUCAGGCACCAUGGUUAGCACCUCCUUCCUCCAAAGGAAGCCAGUGACUAGCCUCAGCUCCCUCCCCGGUGUCAACCGGGCUCUUUUUGGCCUAAAGGGUGUUGCUGGAGCCGGCCGUGGUGGAAAAAUAACAUGCAUGGCUGGAUACAAGAUCAAGCUGAUUAUGCCUGGAGGAGAAGCUGAACGUGUUGUCGAUGAAGACGAAUACAUUCUUGACGCAUUUGAGGAAGCAGGAAUUGAUCUUCCGUACUCAUGCCGUGCAGGUUCUUGCUCUAGUUGUGCUGGUAAAGUUGUACAAGGAACCGUGGAUCAGGCAGAUCAAAGCUACCUUGACGACGACCAGAUGGAUGAAGGAUGGGUUCUCACUUGCGUCGCUAGACCUACGUCUGAUCUUGUCAUUGAGACGCACAAGGAGGAAGCGCUCGUCGGUUAACUUGUAGUAGCACUAGUCUUUACAAGUUGCUGUAUCUCUCUUGUUUGCCUUCAUUUGUCGGUUAAUUGUUAUUGUUCUCUCAAACGAUGAAUUCCUCCUA